AUGGAGAAAGUUGUUGAGGCUCAAGUUGCUGCCGUUAAUACUCUUAUUACUCCUGUUGCUGGCAAUGUUAGUUCAAAAACUACUGUGAUUUCUAAGGCAAUUGACCAAAAGAAACCUUCUUCUUUCGAUGGUAAGGGUGACCUUACCAAGAUGGAGAACUGGAUUAGAGAAUUUGACAAAAUCUUUACCACUCUCCAAGUUCCUAAUGAGAUGAGGGUAGAUGUUGCUGACUACUAUCCGGUCGAGGAUGCUGAUAUUUGGUGGACUCACAACAAGUUCGAUCUGACCACUAAGGUGACUGUCGAUGAGGAAGGAGAAGAGCUCAUCGAGGAGAGAGAGUUUGGUUGGAUUGAGUUCAAGAAGGAGUUGGCUCGUUUUGCAAAGGGGUUAGCUCGUGAUGAGCAUGAGAGAGCGGUGAAAUUUGAGGAGAAGCUAGAGCCCGAUCUUCAUUCUAGGAUGGGAGCUGGCGAGUAUACUACAGUGAAGGAGGAGUACACUCGUACUUAUAAUGCUGAGAGGAUUCAGGAAAAGGGACUAGCUGCAAAGAAGUUGAAAUCCACUCCAGCGGGGUCUACUUAG